AUGGGGUGUUGGCUGGUUGUGUUGGCGUGCAAGUUCUGGAAUCGGUAUAUCAGCCAUCGGCUCGGCGGUUCCUCUGAAGCAUCCCUUCUCACCGGUGGUUAUGAGCCAGUUGACGGUGCGGACAAUGAUCUUGCCGAAUCCGACGAUGAAUUAGACCCCACCUCUCCUUUAAAUGGAAGUCCGCGGGCUUCGACUACAAAGCGCUCUAAAGAACAUGAUGGUAGAAUAAAAUUGAAAGGCUGGAAGGUAUUCAUGCUGGCUGCACCAGCAUGCUGUGAUAUCACUGGUACUACGCUUAUGAAUGUCGGAAUUGAUAUUUGUCGUUGCAAGCAUAUAUCAGAUGACGCGAGGUGCACUGGUGCUCUUCGUCGGGCCUUUUCAGCGGAAUUUUUUUCUUCCUAG